AUGCCGAUCAAAUUACCCACGCCUUCCAGUACACCCAGUGAGUUCAUCAUCGAUUACCUUACCGGAGGGGAUUUGGAGCAUCUAGAUCCUGCCAAGCGAGCCCGGAUUCUACCGAAGAUCCCCGAUUACUUCAUGUUGGGAGGUCGACUCCGUAAGAGGUUCUCAGGUGUUGAUAUCCGAGCAGCGUCGAAAGUGUCAGACCUCAGACCACCACAAAUGUAUGACGACUCGGAUGAUGAUGGGGAAGAGUCUGAGGUUGUGAAGGAAGUUAAGAGAAGAAGGGCCGAGGGGGAUUUUGCUGCUGGUCGUGGAGUUGAGAGUUGCAUUGUGAGCGGCGACGAUGGAUGGGAGCUGGGAUUGGAGGAGGCUCGACAGGUUUCCAGCGUUCAGGUGUCCGUUCUCAGCAGAUAUCACAACAUCAUUCAAUUGCUCGCGACAGGCGUCAAUUUGGAGACCAAGCCAAGGAAGCGAAGAGCGCUGGAGGAGGUUGCCAAGCAGUAUUUCCUGUCCGAGGAGGGGAUUGCCACGUUUUGCCCCAAGACAGCCAGGCCCCAGGUUGCCCGGGUAACGUGA